AUGUUGGGUUUAAUAUUCAAAGUAGUAAUAUUUAUUGUUGGUUAUGUUCUCCCUAUUGGAUUAUCAUUACAUGGCUGGAAAAAUAAAAAGUAUGAGAUGAUUGAAUAUUAUUUAAAAUAUGUUUAUUUUUUUGUUAUAUUUGAAAACUUAGUAACACCAUCUCUUGGUAGAGUAAUUUAUAGAAUUAGUUCUUUCUUAUGGUGUGUAUUACACUUAACUAUAUAUAUUAUUUUAAUAACACCAAAACUUAAUUAUUUAAAUACAAUAUAUGAUAAAAUCAGUAAAAUAAAUAAUCAAAAUAAUAUUGGAUUAUAUUGGAAUAAAUAUUUAGUUAAUCCAUUGAAUGAUAAAUUUAAUAAAAUUAUCAAGAAGUUAAAGACAUUAUAA